CCUUGAUCGCUCGAGAAUACGUCACGAUUGGAGAAAUUCGUCAUUCCUACUUGAGUUUAUACUUUAAUUAAAUAAAUAAUUUUGUGUUCAAACUAUAGUAUUUACAAAUACAGAGAUUGUUGAAGUCUUUACUGUUAGGCUGCAUCGAAAUUGUGGAUAUCAUAGGCACAGUAGUUGUUGAAAAGUUGAUACAAAGAUGAAGUAUUCGACUUCGCCGACUCCAAGUCUGAAUAAUUACCCUCGCAGCACCAGCCCGCUGCCCGCACCAGCUAAUUACCAGCCCACAGUCGCCAGCGCGGCCGUCAAGCGGUACAAAUAUCUCAGGAGGCUCUUCAAAUUCAAUCAAAUGGACUUCGAGUUUGCGGCCUGGCAAAUGGUUUACUUGUUCGUUGCACCACAAAAAGUCUUCCGGAAUUUUAAUUAUAGAAAACAUACAAAAUCACAGUUUGCGAGGGAUGACCCAGCAUUUCUAGUGUUGCUGUGUAUUUGGUUAUUUUUGUCGUCGAUAUGCUUCGCGCUGGCGAUGGGGCUGGGCUGGCAGAAGGUGUUGCUGUUCGUGCUCUUCGUGGUGUUCGUGGACUUCAUCGGCAUGGCCAUCCUCGUGUCCACAUUCUUCUGGUACAUCUGCAACAAGUACUUGCAACGCGACAGCGAGGCGGGUGAUGUGGAGUGGGGCUACGCCUUCGACGUGCACAUCAACGCGUUCUUCCCCCCGCUGUCGCUGCUGCACUGCUUCCAGAUACUGCUGUUCAACAACCUGCUGAUCCACAAGGGCUUCCUGUCAUGCUUCGUGUCCAACACGUUUUGGCUGGCGUCAGUAGUCUAUUACCUGUACAUCACCUUUCUUGGAUACAGCAAUUUGCCAGUACUGCGCAAUACGCGGGUGUUCCUGCUGCCUCUGCCUGCCCUGUUCCUGGUCUACCUGGCCACCCUGGGCGCCGGGUGGAACCUGAGCCACAUGCUCAUCAACUUCUACCACUACCGGGUGCUAUAGCUACAACAAUAACUCACCUUGAUCUACAUCUCGGAGGCUAAAAACACCACAUCGAAGCAACUAGGGACUUUCCCAAUCGACGUUCCCCAAAAACACGAUAGAUGGCGGUGUUAAGUUCUCCCUUCAUUUAAACUUCUAAUUUCAUGGAUAACAGACAUACUUAUGCAUCUUUUAUCUUUGUUUUUGGGUAUAAAUGAUGACCCUUUUUAUUACACCAAGGUACAAUUACAACUUCCACCCGUUAUUAUUCUGGUCAUAAAAAAAGAUAAGCAAUGUAAGUAGCAACAUCCUAAUUGCUAAUUGUGUACCCCAACAAUGAGAAAAUAGGUAACUAUCACGUUAAUAGUGAACAACGCCAUCUAUCGUGUGUUUGGGGAACGUCGAUUGGAAAAACUCUCAUUCAUGUGAAAAACAAUAUCGCUAUAAGUCACACCAGGGGGGUUAAAAAAGCCACAUGGAAGCAAUUCAUCUAAAAAAAGCAAUAUUGCAAUUUGACAUUUGCGUAUAUAAAAGUAAGUGCCCAUUGCAAACAAACGUCAAAUUGCAAUAUUGCUUUUUUUAGAUGAAUUGCUUCCAUGUGGCCUUAUUAACCAACCCCCUCCCCCCUGUCAUUUUCGUAUCCGUCGAAAAGGAAAAGGACAGGUAACCGACAGGUAUACAAUUUAUGGAAAUUAAGACACAAAAUAAAGGCGACAUUACAUGUCAAACAGAUUGCAUACCAGCCAGAUGCGUAUGCAAUGUGAUCAAUCAUCCGUCCCUUUCCUUUCCAGCGGAAAAGAAAAUGACAGGUAUGAAAUAAAAUUAGGUAUCUGCAGGAAUCGGCGCCAAUGUCAACAAUAGGGUAGUUUCCAACUAGUCAAAUCAGUUACUUUUUACUAAUAGUCAAAACACUAAACUACUAUGGCAUUAUUAAAGCACAUAAUAACGGGUUCUUACCGCGUUUAAAUGGGGAUAUGAGACUCCCGAUAUUGGAUUAUGGAUCUACCUACUCUACUCCAAUCUCAUCAGUCAUCCCGUGAUCAUGGCACUUGCAACAGUGUCGAAAUAUCGGGAGUCUCAUAUCCCCAUUUAAACGCGGUAAGAACCCGUUAUUAUAUGCUUUAAUUAUGAUAAUAACCGCGUAAACUUAAAACAAUACUAUGGCAUUUAUAAGAAAAGCAACCUGUGACGUCAUAUCAUCAUCAGCCCAUUAACGUCCCCACUGCUGGGGCACGGGCCUUCCCUAUGGAUGGAUAGGGAGAACGGGCCUUAAACCACCACGCGGGCCCAAUACGGAUUGGUGGUUAUUAACGACUGCUAAUGCAGCCGGGACCAACGGCUUAACGUGCCUUCCGAAGCACGGAGGAGCUCGAGAUGAAAACUUUUUUUAUUGUGGUCACCCAUCCUAUGACCGGCCUUUGCGAAAGUUGCUUAACUUCAACAAUCGCAGACCGUGCGCGUUUACCGCUGCGCCACCGAGCUCCUCACGUGACGUCAUAUAAAAAAAAGAAAAGUUUUUUUUCACCUUUAGAUCUGUCUUUAUUUAGCAACCAGGGGGGUUCAAAUGGCCACAUCGAAACAAUUCAUCUAAGAAAGCAAUAUUGAAAUUUGACAUUUGUUUGCAUUGCGCACUUUUAUAUGCGCAAAUGUCAAAUUGCAAUAUUGCUUUCUUAGAUGAAUUGCUUCGAUGUGGCCAUUUUAACCCACCAGGUUUUCAUAAUUUACCUUUGACCCAGGAAACUACCCAAUUGUCAAAUAGCAACAUUGCUUUUUAGUUGUGGCUUUUUAGCCCACUGAUAAGUUUUAUUGGUCUUGAAAUUAUUUUAAGGCUAGAGAGAAUUAGGUAGAUGACACGAUUGCUAGGUUAUGUGCCACCUUAGGUCGCAAAGCCAAAACUAUCUUUAUUUAAUAAGUAACAUGGUUACUUAAACCAUAGAAUAAAGAGUAAAUAGGUGACCAUUGGUGAUGACAUAGCCAGUGGCAGUCCUAGGGCGCCGUUUUAGAGGGGGCGUUAAAAUCAACCAAGACGGGACCACUCUGGCCGGCAGCCCCGGAUCCACCAGGGAGUAACUGGAUUGGGCACACCUGCCCUGUGCAUUAUACCUCUUAGCGGCCACAUAAAACUCGUACAUUUAAUGGAUGGCGACGUAAACGACAUUUUUAAAAGAAUUAAUUAAGUAUAUUUCGGUGGCCGUAAACUAAUCGAAAAAACUGUCUUUUCAAGUCUUGCACCACCUAAAAUAUUUUGCUAUGGACGCCACUGAACAUAGCGCAUAAGCGUUUAAGGUCGGCCAUUUCACGUCAACAGAGACUCCGCCAUCUUAGGAAACCGUAAGUGAACUGCUAUUCGACUGCUAAAUGUAAUUUUACUAUUAGUUAUUUCCAUGGAAGUGCAGAAGGCUUGGGAAAUUAAACAAAAUUCCAUUAGAGAUAUAAAAACUAUUUGACUUGCAUAAUGAAUGGUUUAUGGUUGGAUUCUAAGUCAUAAUCAAUAACGCGUUUUAACUUUUCAUUGAGCUUACGGACAUUACACUAGUUAAUGCUGCUAAGGUCUGCCAACUACCUUGCUUUGACUUGACUUAUUGUAGAUUUGCCUCAACUGGCAUUGACUACUUGGCCGGACCAAUGGGGAAGGUCAAUGACUCACACGAAACGAUGAUGACCUUGUGCACGGUCAUGGAUCUACUAAGUACUUUUAAAUUAUUUGUAAUAAUUAUAUUAUUAUUGGUAAGCUACCUCUCUAAGGCUACCAGCCUGCCUUCCUUAUUGUAAACUAUUUGAAAAUCAGUUCAAAAAUGCAAUAUUUUUGUUGAAAAUAAAUUAAUCCUUUUGAAUGCCACAUUCAUUGUUACUUAAAAAAAAAUGUAAAUAUGAUGCUCAUUUUCUAAAAUAUAUUACCAACUUGCUUUUUCUCUAACGUUUUUUGUAGUGUGGCGUCAAAAGAUUAACAUUAAAUGCGGAUAAUGUAUAUUAUAAUUCGUAUUUCUAAGUGACAAUAUGAAAAUAAGAUCAGAUAAGGUGUUCAGGGAAUGGUGUAAAAUAUCAGAAUGUUACUGGUUAUCUCAUACAGUAGGUAACCGUUUUUAGAAUUAAAUGUUGCCUUUGCUAACAACGACAUUGUUAUUAUAUAAAUACCCUCGCUUAGAAGGUAUAUAGGUUAUUAUUUGGUAUUUUACACCAAUCCUUAUAAAUUUAACUCGAAAUAAACACAAGCAAUAAAAUUUCGCUUUUU